AUGCCGCGCGACACUGUUCCUCCACACAAGCUCGUACCACACACCGACUUCGCCGUCGAUGCCUUCCAGUACGCGGCAGCAGCAGCGACGAAGCACACUGGAGCUUCCCGCCCGGGCCGUGGAAUUCGCGCCUGGUUCCUUUCGCACGCCCACAGCGACCACUACACGGGCCUGACGGAACGAUGGGACGCUGGGCCGAUAUACUGCUCCUCGAUUACGGCGGACCUGCUCCAGCACCUGCUAGGUGUUCCCGAGUCGCUCCUGCACCGGCUGCCGAUGGACACCCCCACGGACGUCAUGGGCGUCGAGGUCACCCUGAUCGACGCGAACCACUGCCCCGGGGCCGCCAUCCUCCUCUUCAAGCUCCCCAGCGGAGCGCGCUACGUCCACACCGGGGACUUUCGGUUCUCCCCCAGGAUGAUCGAAGACCCGCAUCUGCAGCGCUUCGUCGGCUGCGACGUGCUGUACCUCGACACGACCUACGGAGCCUCCCAGAAGCACGCGUUCGGCCCCCAGGAGGAGAGCAUCGAGUACAUCGCGAGCACCGCCGCGAAGGUGCUGGAGGAGGGGCAGAAGGCCAACGUCACGGUCGCCGUUGCCAUCGCGACGUACGGGGUCGGCAAGGAGAGGAUUCUCACGGCCGUGCACCAAGCGACCGGGGUUCCGAUCUGCGUCGACGACCGGCGCCUGGGCGUCCUCAGGCUCCUGCGCCUGACAGACGUUGACGUCGACAGUGCGUUCACCACGGACCGUGCCGCGACGUCCGUCCACGGCGUGCGGUGGAACGUCAUCGGCGAGACGUGGCCGUUCUUCCGCCCAAACUUCCAGGCCAUGGAGGAGCUGCGCGAGGACCUCGGCGUCGACCGUCUGGUAGGGUUCGUGCCCUCGGGGUGGGUGCACAGCGCCCGGGACCGCGUGCGGAAGAAAGGCCCCCUGGAGGUGCACGUCGCGCCGUACUCCGAGCACAGCAGCUUCCCGGAGCUCGUCGAGCUGCUGAAAUUCAUCAAGCCGGGCGAAAUGGUGCCCACCGUGGUCGGGGGAGGGGGGGGAGUCAACGGGGGGCCCAAGGCGAGAGCGCGCGAAGAGCGCAAGCUGCUCAAGCUCUUCUCGCCGUACCUGCACGGGUCCAUGGCGAAGGCGGCGUUCAUCUCCUCGGCGUUCGGGGGCGGGGCGAAGCAACAACAAGAACCGAGCGGAGAACGGCCUGUGCAGGGGAACGCCGCGCCGGACGAUGAGACGCGCGGAGAUGCAGCGGAACAGAACGGUGAUGACGCGGGUCCGGGUACUGUUCCGGCCUCGGGCGAGCACGACGCCAACGGCGAGCACGACGAUGAUGCCACGAAUCAACCGCGGAGCGACGACGGGGACGGCUCCGACAGCGACGGCAUCGUCAUCGUGAGCAAGAACAAUGUACAGCCUGGCGAGCGGAAAGGAAAGCGGAGAGAAGCUGACGGCGGGGCGCCGACGCGCGAUCCAGACUGCGGCGACUCGCAGCUGUCGCCGGCGAAGGCAGCAGCGGUGGACGAGGUGCUCGCGGUGCUCGGAGAGGAGCUGCAGCGAGAGGAGGUGGUCGGCCUGCUGCGUGCGUCGCAGUGGCGGCCCCAGGACGCCAUCAACAAGCACCUGGACGGUUCAAAGGCGGCGUCGCCGGCCAAGGCCGACAUCACCGUGCCCCUCGCGGACUACGACCCCGAAAAGGCAGUUGCCUGGGGCUCCGAAGACGAGGUUCCCUAUCUGCACGUCGCAAACACACUCGAGGUCCUGGCGUCCACGUCCGGCCGCAACGCCGGCUCCGAUGCGCUGACCAACAUGUUCAGGUCCGUGUUCGCGCUGCGUCGCUCCGAGAUCACCGACGUCGUGUACGCGACGAUCGGGAAGCUGGCGCCCGACUACGAGGGCGGCGCCGACAUGGGCGUCGGAGGCAGCACCGUCAUCCAGGCCAUCUGCGAGGCGACGGGCACGCAGCGCGCCCGCAUCUCGAAGCUUUACCGCGAGACCGGCGACCUCGGUGACGCGGCGGGGAAGCUGUCGGGCGGGCAGGCGCUGCUGCGCGCCCCCAAGCCCCUCACCGUCGCGAAAGUGAUGGGCACGCUGCGGAAGAUCGCCGCCGCGCAGGGGUCCGGCUCGCAGCUCCAGAAGCGCUCCGCGGCCGUCGGUCUCCUGCGCGCGUGCCGCGGAUGCGAAAUGCGCUUCCUGGUGCGCACGCUCUCGUCCAACCUGCGCGUCGGCGCGGGCUGGCGCACGGUUCUGGCCGCGCUGGGCCGCGCCGCGCUCCUCGACGAGGAGCGCCGGAACGGCAGCGCGCCGACGUCGGUGCCAAAGAAGCGCCUCGACGCUGCGGGGCAGCUGGUGCUGGACGCGUACCAGACGUGCCCGUCGGUGAACGAGGUCGUCGACGCGCUGCUGGCCGGGCCCGUCGAGGACCUGCCGGCGCGCAGCGGUGCGCGGCUGAUGGCGCCCGUCCAGCCAAUGCUUGCAAUCCCCGUGUCGCCAGACGUCGAGGACCCCGCGGCGUGGGCCGUGACCAAGCUCGGCCUGCCUUUCCUCGCCGAGCACAAGUACGACGGCCAGCGCAUCCAGGUGCAUCUGUCCAGGGACGGCCGGGCGCGCGUCUUCUCCCGCAACUGCGAAGACCGCACCAAGGCCUUCCCGGACGUCGUCAAGGCCCUGGCAGCGGCCUCGCGACGCGACACGCUCAUCGUCGAUGCGGAGGUCGUCGGCAUCGACUGGCUGCCCGGCGUCAGCCGCGAACAGUGGCGGCCGGACGGCACCGGAGGUGCGGCGCGGCCGUACCGCCUGCGAGCCUUCCAGGAGCUCGCCACGCGCCCGCGCGGGAGCAGCACCACGACGGAGCCGCCUCCCGCCACGCCGGACAUCGAGGUCUGCGCCUUCUGCUUCGACUUGUUGCUCGAGGACGGAGAGAGCCUCCUGCCGCUGCCGCUGAGCGAGCGGCGCGCGCGGCUCGCGGCGGCGAUCGCGCCCACGACCGGCGUCGUCGAGGUCGCGCAGGGCACGGUGAUUUCCGCGGACGACGCGGCGGGCGCGGAGUCCGACAGCACGGCACCAGCGGCGGCGCAAAUCAUGCAGCACAUGUCGGAGGCGUGGGCCGCGGGGGCCGAGGGGCUGGUGCUCAAGGCGCUGCCUGACAAGGGCCAUCCCGUGCCAGCGCCGGAGCUUCCGCUCGCGCCCGUGCCGUCGCGGUACGAGCCGGGGAAACGUUCGCAGUACUGGAUCAAGAUGAAGCGGGACUAUUUGAAGGAGCUCAGGGACUCGCUGGACGUGGUGGUGAUCGGAGCGUGGUUCGGGACGGGGCGGAAGCACAAGUGGCUGUCGCCGUUCCUGCUCGCGGUGCGCGACCCCGACUCGGGCGACCUGCAGUCCCUGUGUCGCUGCAUGUCCGGGUUCAGCGACGCGUUCUACCAGGAGGCGACGGCGCGGCUGCUCGCGAAGGCCGUGGAGGUGCCGCCGCCGUACUACCGCACGGGGGAGUCCCCCGCGGUGUGGUUCGGGGGGGAGUUGGAGGUGUGGGAGAUCACGGGCGCGGACCUGAGCAUCAGCCCGGUGCACCGCGCGGCGGAGGGCCGCGUCGCGGGCGCGGCGGGGGGCGUCGCGCUGCGCUUCCCGCGGUUCCUGCGCGUGCGGCCGGACAAGACCGCCGACGAGGCCACUGACGCCGCCAGGGUUGCGGACAUGUACGCGGCGCAGACACGGCGGGCGCAGUGA